AGAUUAUUGUUCCAUUCUGUUAGUGAUGUGGAAGCUAUCUCCCCGAAUAGGCCCAGUGGACGGGGUGGGAUAUCGGCAGCCGAAGCUUGAGCUAUCCCGCAUGAAUAAAGCUUAAGUGCGAACCUUUCGGAUGGACAUUUGCGUGGCGAGUACGGAUAGUUCUCUCAUACUUCACCUCACUCUUAUGAAGCUCGAAUCCACGUCGGCACUUCCCGUUGAUAUCGCCCAUUCCCGCUUGAAGCACACAACACAUACAUACUUUGUGAAGUGACAACCCGGCAUCAGGAAGCAAACAUGGCACCAUCAACUUCAGUCAGCCAGAUCCCCCACGCAGACGCCUCCGCCGUCAAACACACGAACGGCAACGGCAUCCUGCCCAGCUCUACCAUUGCGCCUGAAAAGAAGACCGGGCAAGACAAGUCCAAGACUCUGGAGACCAAGGGCUUCCCCCGGCCUCAAAAGUUUGAUGAUCCGUACCAGCAGCGUCAGCAUCUCAAGGAGCGUUUAGCCCUGGGUUUCCGCAUUUUCGCAAAGAACGGCUUCGAUGCUGGCGUCGCUGGCCACAUCACAGUCAGGGACCCCGUUGAGCCGCAAACAUUCUGGCUGAAUCCCUUUGGCGUUCCUUGGCCACUGCUCAAGGCAUCGGAUCUCAUCCGCGUAGAUGAGAACGGUGACGUAGUCGAAGGAGGCCCCGUCAGGCUCUUGAACACCGCCGCAUACAUGAUCCAUCACGCAGUCCACGAAGCCCGCCCAGAAAUAAACUGCGUAGCCCACUCCCACUCCCUCUACGGCCAAGCCUUCUCCGCCCUCGGCCGCAACCUCGACAUCACCACCCAGGACACCUGCGCCUUCUACAACGACGUCGUCCUCUACAACUCGUUCGGCGGCAUCGUCCUCGGCAAGGAGGAAGGUCUGCGCAUCGCCGCCGCCCUCGGCGACAAGAAGGCCGCCAUCCUGCAGAACCACGGGCUCAUCACCUGCGGCAAGAGCGUCGAGAGCUGCGUCUACUGGUUCCUCAGCCUCGAGCGGUGCUGUCACCAGCAGCUACUUGCCGAUGCUGCUGCCGGGGGUAGGGGACACGAGACGGUCAAGAUUGAUGAUGAGGAUGCCGAGUUUACGUACAAGUCUAUCGGGUCCGAGAUGACGGGGUGGUUUUCGGGGAAGCCUACUUUUGAUAUGAUGGAGCGUGAGUCGGGUGUGGCGUAUAAGAUGUGAGAGUUGAGAUGGGGGUGUUGAUAAUGAAUGUGAAUUCCAAGCAGAAUGAGCAGCUUCGAUUUCGAUUGUCACUAAAAAGGUUUAGUGACUUUGACGACAAGUGAAGUUUACCUCCAAUGUUGCGUGGGAAUGAUAUGUAUGUCCUGUCUGCAGCUGCGCGAGAUGAACAACGUGAUAAGUCAAACAAGUCUUCCUGCCAGAAACAG